AUGGGUAUCCAAGGGUUGCUUCCAUUGUUGAAGACAGUCAUGGCGCCGAUCACCAUCGAGGAGUUGCGAGAUCAAACCGUCGCUAUUGACGUCUAUUCAUGGCUCCACAAAGGUGCUUUCUCAUGUAGCAUAGAGCUCUGCAAGGGACUUCCCACCUCCAGGCAUAUUGAUUAUUGCAUGCAUAGAGUCAAUCUAUUACGCAACCAUAGUGUCAAACCUAUUCUUGUAUUUGAUGGGGGCUCCUUGCCGAUGAAGAUUGAUAAAGAAACCAAACGUGCCAGGGCAAGGAAAGAAAACCUUGAAUGGGCACUUAAGCAUGAGGCUGCUGGAAAUUCUUUUGCUGCUCAUGAGUGCUUUCAAAAGGCUGUUGAUAUAUCACCAUCAAUUGCUUGGGAGCUAAUCCAGGUUUUGAAGAAGGAAAACAUUGAUUAUGUUGUGGCACCCUAUGAGGCUGAUGCGCAAAUGGCAUUUUUGUCCAUUAAUAAGCUUGUUGAUGCAGUCAUUACUGAGGACUCAGACUUAAUACCUUUUGGGUGUCAUAGAAUUAUUUUCAAAAUGGAUAAAUUUGGGCAAGGCGUUGAGUUCAAAUGUUCAAUGUUAGACAAAAAUAAAGAUAUUGAUUUUACUGGCUUUACUAAAACUAUGUUACUUGAAAUGUGCAUUUUUAGUGGAUGUGACUACCUACAAUCAUUGCCUAGCAUCGGCUUAAAAAGAGCAUAUGCACUUGUUAAAAAAUACAAAAGUUAUGAGAAGGUUAUCAAACACUUACGAUGCACUUCUAUUGCUAUUCCACCCCAUUAUGAGGAAAAUUUCAAAAAAGCCAUUUGGACAUUUCAACACCAAAGAGUUUAUGAUUCCGUAAAGGAGGAUAUUGUGCAUUUGUCAAAUAUUCCUCAUGAUUGUGACAUCGAUUUGGAGUUUUUAGGCCCAUGGUUGCCACAAAAGUUGGUUCAAGGCAUAGCUAAAGGCGAUGUUGAUCCUUUGACAAAGAUUCCAUUCCAGUUUAAGAUGGCUGCUAUCAAAAGAUAUCGAAAUAUGGAAAGUUCAAAUGAUGAACAAAAUAUUCCUCUUAUGGUUGAUGAGUCUCAAGAAACAGAGGCUCACAUUCAACAUUCCAAUGCUAUGGUUGGAACUUCAAAUAAUGCACUUAGAUCGGAAGGGCAAAUUAUUGUCGCCACGGUGAUGUGA